AGUAAAUAAUUUAUUGUUAACCUCAAAAGUUCAGUACUAAAUAUACAGGGUAACGUAGAUUAUGUAUUGUGUACAGUUAUUCAAGGCAAAUAAAAAAAAUUAACACACCUAAAAAUCUUUUAUUGAUUAAUCGGUAAUUAAUUGAUUAAAAAUCUUAUUAUUAAUAAAAGUUUUAAUUUUAUAUAUGAUAUCAGAUUAAAUACAAGCACGCAAUUGAUAUUAACGAAUAUCUAGUACAUAUCUGAUAAGAUAAACAUUUUCAAGGGACCUAAUAAUCAGCAUUGUUGUAAAUAAAUGAAAUUCCACCCAUAUCGUCGACGUACAGAUAAUGUACGCAAAGUUAUAAUCGAAAUAAUAGUUUAAUGGCUACUGUUAAGAAAUUAUUUAUAUUUUCAACUACUUUUUUGUCCGGAAUCGCAGUCCUAAUUACAAUUAUUUGUCUGGCAACGGAACAAUGGAUAUACACUGAUAAAUUAAAAAUCGUUUCCAAAGAUAAUUUCAUCGGAUAUUAUAAUCAUCUAAAAUAUGGAUUAUUUCAGGGAACCUAUCGACAAGUGGUUCCUACAACAAAUGCUUACCAAAUUACGAUCACGUGUUUAGCGGAAAAAAAUAUAUGUGCGUUUAUAUGUGCAAAUAGUACAGAUAUGAGAUAUUCAAUUUUAAAGGAUAUUUACGAUGGAAAGGACGUUAAUAUCAACAUUGAUAAUUGUCCUAAAGUUUCAACGUACCAUCAGUAUUAUAAUAGACCCAUUCAACUACAUACUUCAUCAAAUUCUGUAGAAAAAAUAUACAUCAAUUGCGGAGUAUGGGUAUCGACGAUACUCUUUUUGGUAAUUUCAAUUACAUUCGGAUUUAUAUCCGCUUCACUAUCUUUAUACAACACCGUCUCUAAUCCCGUUCAGGUUUAUUUAAGUAUUUAUGGAUUAUUUAUAUACACUGCCAUAGCAGCUUGUAGUAGUUCAAUCGCUAUCAUAUUAUGGGGAAUUCACUAUCACAAAAACAUAUUUCACAAUGUAGCUUUUUUUUAUACUUUAACUGGCGAGAUGUCAUCUGAUAAGACGGCAUAUUUGGGUUAUUCUUAUUGGUUGAAUUUGAUUCCAAUAGUAUUAUACAUUUCCAGUAUUUGUGUUUUGUACGCUAGGGAAUAUUUAAUAUCAAGGGAUCCAAAACAAAAAAUAGUACAUAGGGAAGAACACGGAGAUCCUAUCAUAUAUUUAUAUUAAUUCUAAUCUUUUAUUGUUAUUUAUAUCCAGUAACUAUUAAUUAUACUAAUUUACAAUUUU